CUCCCAUCGUGUCCGGGGAGUACAGUCACCACCGGGACAGAACGCCGAUGGCAUCGCGGGUGUCCUUCACCCAGGUGCGCCUGGAAGCGGAGCUGGAGCGCUACCGGGCCGAGUGCCAGUGGGACAAGAUGCCGAUGAUCAUCGACCAGAUGAAGGUGGCACGGAUGCACGAGGACGAUGACUAUGGGACGCUGCUGAUGGCGGAGGCGCUGCUGGAGGAGUGCCUGCAGGACAACAUGGACCUAUUACGGAGCUCCACGCCUCUGAUGGAGAAGACCCAGCCCAGACUGAGCCGAGCCAAAGGCCACCUCAACACCAUCCUUAGCCGAGGCCGCCUCACACCCAGGUACCUGAACGAGGCUCUGCUGCUGAUGGCCAAAGUAAACUAUGUGCUAGGUCGCUACCGGGACGCCCAGGGAAUGUGUGCCCGGGUGGGGCUGGAGGAGCUGACGCGGGACGAGCAGCCGACCUACCACCUCCGCCUGCUGGCCGAGGCGUUCAUCAUUAAAGGUCUGUCUCUGGACCACCAGACGGUUUCUGCCGUGUCCCGUGUCCGUCUGUCAGAGAGGGAGGAGGAGAGUCUGUCCUGCUACCUCAGGGCCACCGACGCUUCUCUGUCCUACCUGCAGGAGCUCGAUAAGACAGUAACGGCACCUCACACCAAGACAGCCAAAGGCAGUCUUCUUCCUCCCCCCGUGGACGUGGACCUGGGCUACUUCCUGCAGGCUUCUUUACAGAGCGCUUACCUUUGUCUGCUGCAGAGGGGUCAUCUGGCGCAGGGUGCUCACCAGCUGCGUAGGGUGCUCAGGGUUGUGGAGUCAAGAGGGUCCCAGAGCUUCAGGAAGUCUGCAGCGAGGAAGCUAGCAGAGGUGCUGCUGAGCUCAAUGGGUGAGGACAGCUACUGGCCCCCGCUGGGCCCCCCACCCUCAGCCUGGCUCCUCAGAGAGGGAGCCGCCGCCUCCAAAGACGCCAUCUACCCCACUGUUAAACCACCGCAACGUUACAGCACUGACUGUUGCUUCUGUCCUCAGGACGUGGUGGAGGAGGCUGUGUUGCUGCUGCUCAUCACAGAGUCCAUGGCCAGCGGGGAGGCGGUGAUCAGUCGUCUGCCAGAGCAGGCCGAGGCUCGCAAGGCCAGCCUGCAGGAUGCCACCUCUGUCUAUGACCUGCUCACCAUCGGCAUGGCCAGAAGGGGGCAGUAUGGCAUGCUUUCUGAGUGUCUGGAGCGAGCCAUGAAGUUUUCUUACAACGAGUUCCACCUCUGGCACCAGCUGGGCCUGUCACUCAUGGCGGCCGGGAAGGGAGUUGGUGCUGUGUCUGUAUUUAAGGAGUGUGCCAGGAUGAGACCAGAGGACCCCUCAUUGCCCCUAUUGGCUGCUAAAGUCUGCAUUGGUCAACUGCACUGGUUCGAGGAGGCUGAGGCUCUGUCGCAAAGUGUGGCGUCUAUGGGGGAAGAAGCCGGAGAACUUCUGCCUAGGGCCUACCUGUCCAUGGGACUCUGCUGCAGUUUACAGGCCUCUGAUGCGACUCUGAAAGCUGAUCGUGAUGAAUUCAACAAAAAAGCACUGCGAGCUUUGAGCAAGGCUCAUUCAUUAGACCCCCAGGAUGCUCAGAUUGCCAUGUACCUGGCUCUGCAGCUGGCACUUGUACGCCAGGUAUCGGCAGCCACAGAGCCCCUGCAGGCGGCUUUAUCUCUCCGUGGGGAUGACCUGCACUCCCUCCACCUGCUGACUCUGCUGCUGAGCGCCCAGAAACACCACCGUCACGCCCUGGACACCCUGGGCCUGGCCCUCAGCCAGCACCCCGGCAACUUCAAUCUGCUGUUCACAAAGGUGAAGCUGGAAGAGGCCCUCUUCGGCCCGGCUGCAGCCCUGCGGACCUGUGAAGAGAUGCUGCAACAGUGGCUGAGCCGCUACGAUGUCAGCCGCUCCAGUGAGACAGAUGACAGCAGCAGCAUACCAAUGGCCGAACGGGCGGAGGUCAGCCCUGGACCCAGGAAGCCCUCCAUCCACCUAACCCUGCCCGACUUCCAGGACGCCUCCACUGGUUCGCUGAGCCCUUCGUCGGUUGCGGUGUCUCGUCUGGAGGCGGCGCUCUCUGAGGUGUCGGACCUCAGCUCCGUGCGUCGCCAAGGACCCACUUACAUCUGGAGCACCCUCGAACGCAUUUGGCUGCAGGCCGGGGAGUUGUUCAUGGCGGACGGCCGGCUAAAGGAGGCCCAGUUCUGCAUAGCCGAGGCCAGCUCACUCUCCCCCAACUCGUACUCGGUGCUGCUGCAGCGGGGCCGCAUUGCCGAGCUCCGGGGCCAACUGGACGACGCCAAGGGCCUGUAUGACGAGGCCCUGGCCAUCCAUCCCACAGGAGAGAGCACACUGGUGCACAUGGGCCGUCUGCUGGUGAAAACCGAGCGCACCCACCUCGGGGAGAAGGUCCUGCGUGAUGCGGUUCAGGUCCACAGCACCUCUCACGAGGCGUGGAGCGGUCUGGGAGAGGCCCUGCAGUCUCGAGGCUCCAGCCAGGCCCCCGACUGCUUUCUGACAGCCCUGGAGCUGGAGGCCUCCUGCCCCAUCCGGCCCUUCACCAUCAUCCCCAGGGAACUUUGAAAGGGCCUGGGCUGGGGUUGGGGGUUUGGGUUAUAAUAACUUGUGAUGCAGAUACAGUUGGAAAACACGUACCUUAAACGGAAAGUUUGACAAUAUUUUUGGAAAUAGGCCUGUUUCACUUUCUUGCCAACAGCUUGAUGAGAAGAUUGAUACCACUCAUGUCUGUCUAUUGAACAUGAAGCUACAGACAGGAGACGAUUAGCUUAGCAUAAACCCCUGUAAAACCACAAACGGCAGUUGUUUAACAAACAACAAUGAAUUUAACAAACAACAAUGUGAUUAGUGAACUUAAUUAAGUUUCAGUAGGCAGAUAUUUUGUUACCCUUGGACAGAGCCAGGCUAGCUGUUUCUCCCUGUUUCCAGUCUAUAUGCUAGGCUAAGCUAGCUAACUCCAGGAUGUAGCUUUGUAUCUAACUAGCAGAUAUGAAUGUUGCAUCAAUGUUCUUAUCAAACGUCCAGAUAGAAACCAAAUGUUUGAAGUGUAUUUCCCAAAAAUAUUCCCUUAAAAGGUAUCAAUGACUUUCAUUUUCAACCCCCCGAAAUAUGAGCGCUGCUACGUUCUUUAUAAGUUAUCAGCUAAAAAAAGAAAAAAAAAACAUGCUGUUGCAUAUUUACGUGAAAUAGGAUAUCAAUGCUGUUCUUGUAAUAAAAAGCAACAGAGGCAUUCUGAUUUUUGCAACAUAACAGAGCAGUAUAUACAGAGGGAAUAAUGUUAUAAUGUACGUUCUGUGACAAUGUACAUCUCCUAUGGAGUUAUAGGUACAGAAAUGAAAUCAUAGCUCUUUUGCAAUUAGUGACUAAUGAGUAACAUUCUUAAUAAUCUGAAUCAUUGGGUGUUAAUUGAAUGAACAGCAGAGGUGUGCCGGUUACAUCUUCAAGAUAGAAUGUAUGUUGUCGUGUUUCGUGUGGAGAUGCAGAUGCAUCAAUUAUGCACAGGCUUGUCAGCAACACUAGCAGCUCCACUUCAUCUUUGUCUUAGCCUUUGAUGUAUUUUUGAUGAUCAGACGCAGAUUUCGUGUACAUACAAGCACCCCCCCCCACCCUGUCAAACCUCAAACGAGAGGUCAUCCAUUUUCAAAGCUGGGACAAUCGUGUCUCAUUCCAUAUGUCUUUAUUAUGUGUGUUUCCAAUGCGGCUUGUCUUUAUAUUAUGUACCUUCAUGCAUGCGUGUUUGUUUUUUAAGCCGUCCUUCUGGGGUGUUAUCAGUCUCUGUUCUGUUUGUUCUGUCUGUAUGGUACAGUAGGCGACUCAUCCGCUCAUAACGUGUCUGGUUUUUUUUUUGGGUAUUUUUUUUUUGCUGUCGUGUCUUUACUCAUCUGCUCGUAAUGCUCUCCAAUAUAAACUACAACGGCUUUUAAAAAUCACUGCUUGGUGCUGCGUCUUCACCUGUCUUGUCACUUGUGAUUAAUGGACAUCACUUCCGAGUGCCUAUAACCACAUUAAUGUGAGCAGUGGGACUGGGCUGCGAGCUUAUGUAAUACUGCCAGCACAGU